UGCAAUGAAACACCAUUCCUUGUUAUUUUUUCUUUUGAUAUUUCUCACAUACUCACCCUCCUUCUCUGCAACACAAUCUUGGACAACAAUUCCAAGGAUGAGUCCAAUUCCUGAAUGGGAAGCAUCACUACACGAUCACCCAGUUGCAGUUGAUGCAGAAGAAAUCAAAUCAUUUUUCUUCAAACAGACUUUGGAUCACUUCAACUAUAAGCCAGAAAGCUACACAACAUUCCCACAAAGAUACCUCAUUAAUUUCAAGUACUGGGGUGGUGCCAAUUCUAGUGCCCCCAUAUUUGCAUACCUUGGUGCUGAAUCACCCAUAGAUAACUUCCCUAACAGCAUAGGAUUUUUAACUGAUAAUGCUGCUUCCUGCAAUGCCCUCUUGGUAUACAUAGAGCACCGCUACUAUGGGAAAUCAGUGCCAUUUGGAUCCAGGGAAGAAGCAUUGAAAAAUGCAAGCACUAUUGGGUAUUUCAACUCAGCUCAAGCCUUAGCAGAUUAUGCAGCAGUGCUCAAACAUAUCAAGAACACAUUACAUGCCCAAAAUUCCCCUGUGAUUGUAAUUGGAGGAUCAUAUGGUGGAAUGCUUGCUUCAUGGUUUAGGCUGAAAUAUCCCCACCUGGCCAUUGGUGCUUUGGCCUCAUCAGCACCAAUCCUAUACUUUGAUAACAUCACGCCACAAAAUGGUUACUACUCUGUUGUCACUAGGGAUUAUCGAGAAGCUAGUGAGACAUGUUACAAAACUAUACUGCAAUCUUGGAGUGAAAUUCACAGAGUAGCUUCUCAACCAGAUGGUUUGGUCACUCUCAGCAAGAGAUUCAACACUUGCCAUUUAUUAAAGCAACCUGAUGAAUUGAUAAACUUCUUAAGGUUGAUGUAUGGUUAUGGAGCUCAAUAUAAUCAACCUCCAAAAUAUCCAGUUAAUGUGAUUUGUGGUGGCAUUGAUGGAGCUUCUCUUGGGAGUGAUAUCCUAAGUAGGAUAUAUGCAGGUGUUGUUGCUCUCAAGGGAAACACCACAUGCACAGUUAAUGGUCCAGCUAAUGAAUCUGAGACAACUGUGGGAUGGAGAUGGCAGACAUGUAGUGAAAUGGUAAUACCCAUCGGCAUAGGAAAUGAUACAAUGUUUGAACCUAAUCCUUUCAACCUAAAGAGGUAUGUGGAAGGCUGCAAGAAUACUUUUGGUGUUUCACCUCGUCCUCAUUGGAUCACUACAUACUAUGGUGCACAUAAUAUUAAAUUGAUACUUGGAAGAUUUGCAAGCAACAUUAUUUUCUCCAAUGGGUUAAAGGACCCAUAUAGUGUUGGAGGGGUUUUGGAAAACAUAUCAGACAGCAUUGUUGCCGUUCAUACAGUUAAUGGAUCUCAUUGUGUGGAUCUUUUGCGGGCAAAUCAAAGUGAUCCAGAAUGGUUAGUAAAACAACGAAAGAAAGAGAUGAAGAUAAUAAAAAGGUGGAUAUCCCAAUACUAUGCUCAUCUUCAUGCACUCAAAGACAACCCAAAUGAUUCGUGAAAACACAAGUUGCCAAAAAAUAAAUAAAUUCAUCUCAAACUGUGCAACAACGAUUACUUUCAAUACUAUCCU